CGUCGUGGCGCGCGGGAAGGUGGGUAAAAGGCUACCGAGCGAGUCUGCCGCCGCCGCUUUUCAGUACGUGACGGACGCGCGCGCAUCGCGACACGACCGAGACGCGCGGGACUCUGCUGCAGCAGCCGCCGCCAACACCGCCGCCGAAACCGCCGAAACCGCCGGAACGUAUCGCCGAGACGGACAAUUGUGAUUCCAGAGCCAGUUAGUUCUCCCUACAUGCGUGUGCUGCAACACUUCCGUUACCAUUGUCGACGACGACGAAACCGAAAUGGCAGUCGUCCGGAUGGCCACAAAACGGUUUUUCGCCACCCGCGACUCCAUCAACGGCAACAACGUUAAGAAUUAUAAUAUCGCCGCCGUCAUCCUGUGUAUCACAACUUUAGUCCUGCAUUCAGGCGACGCAGGAGUGUUGGAUGACAAUUACGGAAGAUACAUUGGGUACAUUAAGGGCAUCGCUCAUGGUGUCCGUGGAACCGUGUACGCAGUAGACGAAAACACGCUUUUCAUCCGGGAAUUUUUCUACGAUGGUAUUGGCCCGACUGCUUAUUUUUGGGCUGGGAAAUCAUCAAGAAUUUCUCCGGACGGAUUUACCAUUCCAUAUCCUGAGGACUAUCCGGCAGUGGAACCGCCCCCGCUACAGACGCACAACAAUUCGAACAUCAUAUUGCGGUUGCCGGGCGGAAAACGCAUCAAAGACAUCAAAUGGCUAUCGGUCUGGUGUAGGCGGUUUACGGUAAACUUCGGCGAGGUGUUCAUACCGGUCACACUGGACCCACCCAAACCUCGGAUCUUACCAGAGUUUAAACGUUUCGCUCACAGCUUGCGGUCGGGAAACAUCAGUAUUCUGGACGCGCGGACAUUCUACAUACCAAAUUUACACUACGACGGCUUGGGGCCGGACGCAUAUUUUUUCGUCGGAAAUGGAUCGGAACCGUCGCCGUACGGCGUCAAAGUACCGAACGAAGUCGGAAGCUUGGAACCACUGAAAGGCUACCAGGGUGAAGACAUAGAAAUCCAAUUACCAAGAAGCCUGACGAUGCACUCGAUCGAUUGGCUGGCCGUCUGGUGCGUGCAGUACACGCACAAUUUCGGCCACGUCAACGUCCCGGACGACUUGGACGUGCCACCGGCGUUGGGGCAGACCAAGCUCACCGUGAGUAGUAAAUUCAGAGGCGGCGGUGGCGGACAGGGCUCGGGCGGUAGGCCGACGACUGAUGGGCCGACGAAAAAACCGCGGCGCCAUCAGACGUGGUCGUCAUCUCAGCCACCGUCGCCGCCGCCGCCGCCACCGUGGGUUUUCGAAUCUUAUCCGCAAACCAGACGUGAAGUCUUUGCCAAGAUACCGCGGUACCCUAACUACUAAUAUAAUCAUAUUCCAUAAUGACAUUAGUACACUAUUUACCAACAUAACUGUACACCCCGAUUAUAUACGUUCUAUAACUAUUUUACCUAUCAUUUCGUAUCCUUAUA